UCACAUCUUUAAGAAUCAUGUAGUGUAGGAUAUUUUGAUGGGUAGAGUGUUCAUACCAUUGAAUGACAAGCCCCUCUUCAGCAUUCUGUGCAGGGUCUGCAAAAGUUACAUUUUGCACAGCAACUCCUCAAAACAUCCAACUAGCAAAGCCACUAGUAUAUUGAGCAGGCAGAUUCUAACAGCAAUGUUUUGAAACUCUGGUUCAGUGUGCUAUUUAAAAGCACAGGAGGUUUCUGCUCUUUGCCUCUGAGCAUUCUGUGGUAUGAUGAGAGGAGCACAAAUAAGAACCAAAGGAAGCAGCAACUGAGUGAGAGGGAGCAUGGCAAGGAAAAAGCAAGGUUAGAAAAGAGGGGAUCUAAAAAUGUUGAUUUCAGGUAUGUCUGAAGACAGAUUUUUAGCAAACAUAUGAGAAUUGUUAGCACAAGCUCCACACAGCGAGCCAUUUUUUAAAAACUCACCUCUUACCCUAGUGUCUUUAUUUGAUUUACUGGACUUGAAUCUUGCAUUGAUGGCUGAUCAGAGCAAAUGCUCGUGUGAUCACUGUCCCAAGACUUGCCAGACGGGAUUUAUGUGUUUAUGUGGCUGCAUUACAGUAUUCCAGAGUCAUAUUACAAAUGUUAAGGUGCAUCAUUAUUAUAUCAAUUUUCUCUCAAGCUAAAAAUAAAAACAAAUCAGAACAGAGGAUUACCUGAAUAACACACUGUAUCUUAGAGCUUGCUUUGCAAGUGCAUUUGUGAAUUGUUAUCCUUACUAUGAGUUUCCUUGAGAGGGCAGCAAAGGACAAGCAAAGCAUUCAUUGUGGACUCCAGCCAUCAGAGUUCACUGCAAGCUGUAUAAAGGCCUCUGAUGUAAGAGGUCUUGUGACUAUACCAAUGUGACCAGAUGGCCUAGCUAGCAGCCCAUCCAGAGAAUAACAACCCUCUUAAGAGCGGUACAAAUGUCUGCCAAGACCUCUAAGAAAAUACAAACAAUGACUGAGCUGGUAGAUCAAACUGAGAACUGUCUGCUUGAAUGCAAGGUGUGCUUUGAAAAAUACAAUGAGCAGAAAAAACACCGGCCAAGGAACUUACCAUGUGGGCAUGUGAUGUGCUUCGAGUGUGUUACGUCUUUGGCUCACCCCCGGACCUUUAAGUUGGAGUGCCCGUUUUGUCGCAGGAUUUGCAAAUCUUCAGAGACCAGCGAUUGUUUGCCAUUGCUGCACCUGAUGGAAAUCUUGAACCCUUCUGUUAAUAAUGCUCCAGUUCCAGGAAGGACCAUAGGGAGGACAGCUGAGGAUGUGUCGACCCCAGCUUCUCAGGUCUUAACAUUCACUCUUUCCUUUGGAGGAUGGGGAACACUGAUCAACCCAACAGGAAUUGCCGUGUGUCAGAAGUCUGGUUGUGCAGCAGUGGUUCACGAUGGCAAGAAACGGAUUAAACUGUUUACUUUCACUGGAAACUGCAUGCAACAAUUUGGCGAAAGAGGACAGGCAGGAAAUGACAUCAGGUACCCAAAUGAUAUCACAGCCACACUGGAUGGUCAUGUCGUCAUCACAGACAGCGGGGAUCAUUCGGUGAAAGUGUUUGAUUUUAAUGGCAGAGGCAAACUGGUCAUCUCAGAGUCCUUUUGUUUACCCUGGGGAUUGGCUACUACACCUCAGAAUGAAAUUAUCAUGACAGAUUCAGAGGCAGGUACUCUGUAUUGCUUGAGUGCUGACUUUAAAAGGGGGGAAUUAAAGGGAGUGAGAAAACUGCAUUCUGAUUUGUGCAACCCAAGAAAAGUGGCUGUUUCUCAGACCUCUGGAGCCAUUGCGGUCAUAGAACAUUUGAUGGCAAAAGGACCAAGUUAUGGCAGCACAAGAGUGAAAGUUUUCAGUGCAGAUAUGCAGGUCAUUGGUCAGGUGGACAGUUUUGGUCUGAAUCUAGUUUAUCCUUUCAAAAUUUAUGCCAGUGGUGUGACCUUCAGCAAGGAAGGUCAUGUAAUAGUUACCGAUGCUUACAACCAAGCAGUAUUCUGUCUAGGAAAACCUGAAGAAUUCCCCGCAUGCAAACCUUUAAUUACCCAGGGUCUUUCUUACCCCUUGGCAUUAACAUUUACAACAGAUAAUUCUCUGAUUGUUUUGGAUGGUGGCGAUCAUUCCUUAAAAGUAUAUACUUUUAAGUGAUGCCUUAUAUAAAUGUAUAUAAGGUUAUCACAUGGUAUGGGAGAAACGGCUGCUUUCCCCAGCCUUAGACAAAGAGUACAUGGAAGGCCUUCAAGCACAACUAUACACUCUCUGUGGGAAUAGCUGGUACAAGCCUUCUUCAUGCUAGUAGUAUUGAAAUCCAGUGCAAUUCAAUUGGAAUAUCUGACUGUCCAGAUAUUUUGGACUACAACUCCAACAAUCCCUGAUCAUUGGCCCUGUUGAUUGACACUUCUGGGAACUGAAAGUUGAAAUGCCU